AUGGAGAUGGAGGAUCGUGAAUCGGCAGGUACCGACUAUGUCUUGGCGAUGCUGGGCGCGCUCCUUCUGGCAGCCUGGUUUCUCCCAUUGGAUGCCUCGAAUCGUCUUGGCCAAGGUCUGAAAUACACGACAGGCAUAUCGGGAGCACCCCAUGAAUUGCUAGAUGACGGCGAGUUUCUCUCGGCUCCUCCAAAGGGUCAAAACACUACGCUGACGCAUUCGCCCGGGCGAAUCUCCAGGGACUCUUCAGUGAGAAGAGCUGCCAAUGAGGGCCAUUCCAGCAAUAAGGCAUUUGCCCUCGAACUAGAUCCAGGCGCACCAACCAUGGAGCGGUAUAUCUCCAAGCCUGGAGCUACUGCAACGCCCGCUCCUCAAGCCACCAUUUGGCCCUAG